ACGCGUCCCACCACUGCAAAGAUGGCUGCGCCCAGGGCGUACACGGCCACGCUCUCCAGGCUGCCUGCAGGCAUGGCGCUGUUCAAGUCCUUGCACGUGCGACUGCGAGCAGAUCAGCUGAGUCCGUUGAGCCGGUUGCUGCACGCCGGAACGCGUGCGUGCUGUGCGUCGGCCGCUCCGGAGGCCGAGUUCACCGCCGCCGUCGCCCCCCAGGAUCCGCGUGACAUCACCGCCAGCGAGCCGCGCGCCAUCUUCCGGACCGCGCAGGCCGAUCCGGCGCUGCACUCGGAGAGCCACGCGGGGCGAUUCUACACCAUCUCCCCGUCCGACCUCGCCACCGUCUUCCCGCACGGCCUGCCCCGCAGGUUCUACCAGCAGAUGCGCACGUUUCAAGAGGCGUCCUUGAUGGUGCGGCCUCCGGCGCUGGAACUCAUCGCGCUCCUCAAGGGCAGCGACCUCUCCCUGCCGGUCGUGCGCUACGUCAUCUACGGGAAGAAGGGGACGGGCAAGUCGAUGACUCUGUGCCACGCCGUGCACUACUGCGCCUCCCAGGGGUGGAUGGUGCUGCACGUCCCCGACGCUCACCAGUGGCUGAAGGACGUGCGGCAGCUGAUGCCGUCGGCGUUCCGGCCGGGCCGGGUGGACACGCCGAUGCAGGCCGUGUCGUGGCUCGGCCACUUCCGCACCACCAACGAGCGGCUCCUCAAGCAGAUGACGACGCGGAACAGCUACUCGUGGAGCAAGCGGGAGAGCACGGAGCAGGGGAAGCCGCUGCUGGAGAUGAUCGAACUGGGCCUGCUGCGGCCCAAGGUGGCGAGCGACGUGGUGGGCGCCCUCUUCAAGGAGCUCAAGCAGCAGAGCGCCACCAUGGCGCAGCCGCUGCUGGUGGCCGUGGACAGCGUCAACGCGCUCUGGGGACGCACGUCGCUGCGCAACGAGGACCGCAGCAUCGUGAACGUUGAAGACGUCACGCUGCUGCGCAACCUGAAGAAGUUCGUCCUCAACGACUGGAGCAACGGCGCGAUGGUGUCCACCGUGACGCAGACCGGCUCCCUCUACACCAACCGUCUCUCGUACUUCCCGCAGGAGCUGCUCGGCAAGGACGGCUUCGACCUCCUGGACCCCUUCGUGCCGGUGCAGGUGAACGACUACAGCGAGCUGGAGUUCGAGAGCUGCUACCAGUACUACCUGGAGAGGAAGUGGCUGCAGCACGAGAAGAGUCGGACAGAAGAAGGCAGACAGGAGCUCAUCUUCCUCAGCAACAGAAACCCGAGCCUCUUCGAAAGAAUCAGCACCUUCCUGUAGCACACACACACACACGAGUACUCACGCACACCCAUACUUAGCACUACAUGCUCAGUCAUUUCGAUUUAAAGCUUUCGUGACUGCAGGGAUUCAUCUUCUUGGUUCUUUCGGUAAAGUCACGUAGAAGGGAAGUAAUAAAAGAAUAAAAAUAAAACAUAAAAAUUAUUAUAUUAUUAUUUUAUUUUAUUAUGUUUUAUUUUUAUUAUUGUAUUACUUCCCUUCUACGUGACUUUACCGAAAGAACCAAGAAGAUGCUCAGUCAUGUUCACACCCACGUACAGGCAGGCACAGUCGCAUUAGUCAAUUGAUCCCCUGUAUAGCCCUCAAGGUUGCUGGGCAGUGCUGUUAGCGAGUAGCACCUCUGGAAGGCCAGUAUGACACGUGGGUGAUAUGAACAGCAACACGUCCCAGCCGCCUUUGUCUCCCCGAGUGUCGAUGUUUACGCAUCACACCAGGUACUCCAUUGAAGGUUGGACUGACCUAGGGGAUCCCCAGGAAGAGGGGACCACGGUGGCGAGAUGUUAACUACCUUGCCUGGUAUGCAGGAGGUCGUGGGUUCGAUUGACCCUUGACGCCUGCUGUAUAUUUGGAGUUUGCGUGUCUCUCUCUCCCCGUGACCGCGUGGAUUUUUCUCCGGGUCCUCCGGUUUUUCCCUCCACAUUUAGAAUCGGCAUCGCGCGUUUAGAGCAUAUGGCUGCUAUAAAUUUCCACGCGAUAAGCCACUUCGUUGAGCUAUCAUUUGUGAUAGCCAGGCCGCUUCUGAAAUAGGGCUACAUAGCUGAGUGGGCCUCACCUGGUAAAAUAAAAAAAAUGUUUACUAUUUUAUAUUUUACCAGCUAAAUUGGCGCUGGCCGAGUGAGAAUCCAUUACGAGUUGCUGGGUUCGUAGCACAGCGUGCUAACCGCAGCACCACCACGCCCCAGUGUCACACACACACAGAUAGUGUUGUCGCCGUCUAAAAAAGACGGCGCACGUCCCCGGUAGCCCAUGUGGUUCCACGUCCCGCACCGUGUACGACGCACCUCGUCGGAUAACCUCGUCGGGUAACCUCAUCGGGUAACCUCGUCACAUGCCGUUCUGUGCUUCGCGCUUAUUUGUUCAUUUUGGAAGUAAAGGUUCGCUCUGUGUA